AUGAAUAGUGGAGGAGUUGUGAGAUGUGGAAAUGUUGUGGAAGUGGAUGCUGAGGAAGUGAGGCAGUUGGAUUUAUAUUUGAAAAAAUCAAAACCUGAUUUGGAAAAUUCUCAGCUAGCUUUAUUGGCAUUUAAGGAGACGAGUCAAAUGCUUAUACUCACCAAGACAUUGUCAUCCUUGUCCAUCACACCAAGAACAAUAUUUUACUCUGCAGGGUUUAUCGGAAAUACUAUUGUUCAAUUGAAUGCAAGUGAAAUCAAAUUCACCUCCUUGGCUAAUGUAUUUAACAAUUCAACAAGACCAUACAAAGUUGUUGAUAGGCUUACAUCAUUAUGCUCUUCUACUCUUUCUCAAUUAUAUCAGAACAACACCUUUAUUCCAAAUUAUUAUAUUUGUUUUUUCAAAACAACACUCACAUCAGAGAAUAGAGUUUUCUUCUCAACAACAAGUGAAGGAUUCAGAUGUUUAAAACUAAAUUCGGAUGGGGAUGUAAUAACCAAGGAUGUUUCUAAGGGAUUUAUUGAAGAUUUUGCUACCUCAUUAUGUGUUAUAACCAUAAUAUUUAUAGCCCUUCUGUGGGUACAAGGAUCAUUUAAAAGGAGAAUUAUUGAUACAAAGAGAUAUCCCUUUACCAAUUAUUACUUUGGAAACGAUACUGAUUGGAACUCUUCAACUUUUUCGGAUCUUUCAGUAACUCUUAGACCAAUAUUUCCAUUCUUUAAACAUUUUUCCAAUCAGUUUGACAAGCUUUAUAAACUGAUAUUCAGAUCAAUUCAAAACAAAGUGGACCAGGAACAUAUUAGGAAGUAUAAGAAAUUUGGCUCUUCAACACUGCUGAAAUACCAAUUAUUCUUCGACUUUUUCCUCUUUAUAGUUAUUAGUUGCUUAUCAAUGGUGCAGUUAUUUGUUCCUUCUGUACUAUAUUUCCCAAAUUUUAUUCAAAUACCUAUUAAUUUUGACCUUGGGAAUGACGAAACCUUCACAAGUUAUUGGAUAGGAGGGGCUGAUUUUGUACCUAUCAGUUUGGGUUUUUGGUUAAUAUCCCUCACUUUGAUGAUAUUGGGAAUAAUUUUGUUAAUAGUUACUUCUAGUUCAAAAGAAAAGAUGAUGUAUUGGAGCACAAACUCUUUGCCAGACACCAACAUUUUGGUUUUCACUGAUGCAAUCUUCAAAAUUAUUUUCAUAGUCUUGAUUAAUGUGAUAAUCAUUUUACUACCGUUCUGGACAUUUACCAUUAAGGGAGUUCUUAUGGUGGUUAUUACAAUAGCAUCUAUUUUCUAUGGGAGUCAACAAAUUUUAAUUCCAACAGAGAAGGUUAUUCACGCUAUUCAUGAUGGAAAUUAUAAGAUGGUUGUUGCCUUCUUGAUGUUUGCAUAUUUUAAGGAACUUCUAGUGAUCAUACCAUUUUUUAUUCAGAUAUUCAUGGUGGCCGAAACUAUAUUUGGGCUAGUUUGGAGCUUGAUUCUUUCCUUUGUUGCAAACAACAGCAAGCUUUCCUUGAUUGGUAUUUUUGGUAUUGUAAUUAAUUCUGCAACAAGUUUACUUCAAGACUUACUACAGCCAUCCAGAGUUACCAGGAAAAAGAUUGUGGAAAGGUCAGAUACAUUCGUUUUUCCCUCUCUAACAAAGACCAGCACACAAUUCAUCCUUGAUAAUGUCGCUGCAAAAUAUGGUGGCAUUAUUAAUACCUACUCUAAACUGGUAGAAAGUAAUGAGAUGGUGGAUUAUACAUACAAGGAUAUUCUCUCAUUAAAUGACAACUUGGAAGAACUUAAGGACAUUACAAGAAAAAGAAGUCAGUCUGUUGGAAAAUCUGAAAACGGUGAAGCUAAGCUAGCAGCAACAACUAUUGAAAAAAUUCACAACCCUGUUAACAUCAAAUUCGAAAAAAAUGAAGACAAAAACGAAGAGGAGCUAAAAACAAGAUAUACGGAGAUCAAUGAUAGGCCAAAGUACAUGCAUGUUCUCUUCAAGAAAGAAAUUGCCUUACUCGUUAGAGGCAUCUUCCUUUCAACGCAAGAGAAGAAAAAUGAAAAAUUGAGAGUAAUCUUUAAGAGAGGAGAGAGGCUUUAUACUCCAUUGUUGAAUACAGACAUCAGAAGAAUCCAUCACAAUUUAGUGGGUAGAGUCAAGAUAGCAACAGGAAAUCUGAGUAAUUAUUUAGUAGUAAUUUUGAUUGCAAUGAUUAUUUUCUUGUCUUUUACUUAUUCUGGUGCUGAAAGUGAUGGUAUGGACAUUAUGUCAAAUAUGGCUAUUGUUAUUUCAAUCUUUAUUCCACAACUUUUUGGAAGAUUGGAUGAAGGACAAGUUGAUGAACUAUUCGAAAGAAGAAUUGAGGAAACUAUCCUUUUAACCAAGAGAGAUCUUGCAAAGAAACUUGACUUACCAGAGAAGGAUCUCAAUUUUUGCAUUUUCAAUUUUCAAAACGAUUCAGAUAUUAGUAACUUUUUAGAGCACAACACCCCAGCAGUGUCUGAAACUAUUGGAAGAAAAAUAUUGGAACAUUGGGAAAGUGCUUCAACAAAUGGAUUUAUUACAGCUCAAAAAUUCAAGCCACUCAUGCUUAUUGUAUGGGAUGAAACCCUUAAAAUCAAUGCAAAGAAGGGCACUGCUUCCGCUACAAAUGACUAUCUCAAGACUCAUAGCCAAUUCUUGACAUCAUUUUCAAACAUAAUUUAUUGUAUUAGUAAUUUUGAGGCUGACUCCUUUGUGAGUGCUUACGAAUUCAUUCACGCUGUGGAGCUUCUCAAAAAAUCAAUCACAAGAAAGGAAGAAGAUCAAUGCUCAGAUAUGGAUAUAACAUUUGCAUUUCUAUUCUUUUGCUAUUUGAGAGGAAGAAGUGCUGAAGUAGGAAUGGUGAAUUGUAAUUCUUUAGAAGUUAGUUUUGCAGAAGAAGAGUAUAACCAUUUCUUUUCCACUUUCUAUACUUGGAUAGCUGUUAACGAUACCAAGAGAGAAAAGCUAAAGGAAGCAAAACAAUUUAUUGAGUUGGUAUUCUCUGUGUAUAGCUCUGAGCAGCGUCUAUCAUUGGAACAUUUCUUGAAUAGCUAUAGAUCGGUCAGAAGUGCAAUGUCCAACACAAGUAGAUCGAUUGAAAUCGAAGAGUUUUGA